AUGGACGACAGGCUGGAUGCUGGAUACCCUUUCGAGUUGACCGAUGUCUGGAAACAGUCAGGUCUCAACCCGCAAGAUGAUGCGAACCCCAUUUUCCAGCUUCCUCUAGAGCUGAAGGCGCUUCAGUUGGAGGAGGAUACGAACAAUAUCUUCAACGAUGAGCUCGACCUGCCGGACCUGCUCGAUGCAAAUCCUGUCGAUGGCGAGGAUGCCGAGGACAUUGAACAAGAAUGGCCGAGCUUAUCGUUGGAGCCAUCUGGAGUAGCACAGUCCGACGAAUACGACAUAUGGGCAUUUGAUAGUCUCGAAGACAUCCCUGAACCACGGCAGGUGUACUCAUGGGAAGCCUUCGAAAAGAAGACGAACACGACUCAAGGCCAACGACAUCUCUCCGAAGCUGGACCGCUCGCCUACAACUUGGCUAUUCGACAGUCCAAGAAUGGUUCCAGCUCCCAAGGCGUCCUGCCCCGUGAUGUCGUGCUGCGAGCGCUCUGCAAUCUGGUGUUGGGCAGAUCGUCCAUCUUCUUCACCUGGAACAUAGAGAAGCAGUCAUUCACUACUAGCUUGCCCGAUGUCCCGAUCGCUGGAUUAAGCCAACAGACCUCAGCAAGCCUGAUCGCGAGAUUGUCAACCUUUGGCGCUAUGUACCGGACAUUGGAGGGAUUUGCUACUACUCGAGGAUACAAGAGUACUUCUGCUGCCGCUCUUGUUGCUUUGAAAGGAUGCCUCACGGACAUACUCGCCACCGUGGAGGAGAACAUGCUGGCAGCACGCUGGGGACUCUGCUCGAUCUUGCAAUUGCAAAGCCUGGUCGAGGGUUCAUAUCGUUUGCUGGACACGCUGAUCAAGCUGAAAGACUCUGUCCAGGAUUGCAAGAGUGACGAAGAUGUCAUCUCAGCUGUUUCGGACAAUGUUCACGAAGCUGUGACUGCUGACGGCAAGACUGCACCGGUGCUGCGCCAUGUCCUUGUUCGGACCAGUGCACCAUGGCUGGAAUUGUUACGCGGUGAACUUGGUCUUGACGGGGGACAACAACUCGUCGUACAACCCGAGGGUCCGGAGGCUGACCAAUAUGUUGACAUGGUUAACACAGUACCGUCCUGUAUCUUGGAAAGUGACCGUGCUCUGAUCAAGGGCACCAAAGCUGGCGUUGAGGGGCUCCGCCUUCAUAUGCCUGGUUACGACAUCCACGCUACGGGUGCGGUUACCUCUUCGCGAGCUACUUGGGAUGCACGUGGGCCUGACGUCUCGUUCGUGAACGGAGGGGAAGGAAAUCUGGACCACUCCGCAGGGCAGUACGAGAGCCUCGCUUGGGAGGAUGAGGAGAAGCAGCAGCACUUCUUAGCAUCACUAGAUACGCGCAUUUCCAGGCCAUUGACGCUUGCGGAAGAUGAGGCCAAUGGAAAGCGGAAUGCAGUUUCCCGGUGUAUUGACCAUGAUGUGGGUGUCGGCAACCAAGCUGGAUCAGUGAUGCUUGAUGUCGAGAUUGAUCUGUUGGACAAGAUCCGACCAGCAAUAAUCGCACACCAAAAGCUGAUGAAUCAAACUCUGCUCAAUCAUACUUUCAAGACUUUGGAACUCCGCAAUCACCUGGAGCUGCAGCGUCAAUACCACAUGCUAGGCAACGGCGACUUUGUUGCUCGCUUCGCGAAAGCACUUUUCAGCACCGAUACUCAGUCGGCUGAGCGGAGGCGCGGCACUAUACCCACCGCAGAGAUUAUGGGUCUUCGUCUGGGCGGCAGAGGAGGUAGACGCUGGCCACCGGCGAGCUCUGAACUUCGACUCAGUCUGAUGGGAGUCUUGACCGAAACCUACUCGCCGGGAGUGCUGCCACGUACGCCUGGCAGAAUCAACGAGCUGCCGGGCGGUCUGAGUUUCUCAGUUCGAGAGCUACCAGAUGCAGAGAUCGAGAAAGUGAUGGAUGCGGAGUCUAUCCAUGCCUUGGACUUCCUCCGCUUGCAAUACGCGCCACCGUCGUGUCUGGACGCAAUUCUCACUCCCACCGCGAUGCAAGCGUACGACAGUAUCUUCCGGCUUCUCCUACGACUACUUCGCGUACUUUAUGUGACCACAAAGCUGCGCGAGAGGCUGGUGAUAGGUGCGGGCGCUCGUAAUCAAGCAAAAGAGAAGCCUGCUCUAGCCGACAGCUCGAGAAUCAGAUUUGUGUACGAGGCGCACCACCUGAUGGCCGUGCUGAUGUCACACCUUAUGGACGUCGGCAUCGAGACACCUUGGCGAGCAUUCAUCCGGUCUCUGAGAGACAUCGAGCAGGCCCUCGAUGCAAAGAGCGGCCAGAGUAGCACCUUGGUCGGCCUUGACGACAUUCGGCAGCUGCAUGAACAGUGUCUUGAACGCAUCAGAGGUAGGCUGUUCUUGCGGAGAAAGCAGGAGAAGAUCCGUAUUGCUAUAGAAGCCGUCCUGUCGAGCAUCCUGGCCUGCGCGUCUGCUUUUGAGAGCGCACGAGACGGUGCUGAACCCGACACGAGCACUUUCCAGCAGUCGCAGGCAAGAUUCCAGGACAUCCUUCGUGAGAACGUAGAGAAGCCUUGGAAAGGCUUCACCAACACCGACGUUGACGAGGACGACGCUGAAGCCACGAAGAUCCUGAUGAUGAGGUUACGCUUCAACGACAGCUCUACAUAG